CUCUUCCGCGCAUUAGAAGCUGAACAGUCGAGAACAGAGGGGUUAGGAUUUUGUUAAACGUAGCGUGCGUUUAUACACCGCAAGCUUGAAAAUGAGGGUAGUGGUCGUGUUGUUUGUGAUUACGUGUGCCAUGGCGGUUACUCAUGCUCAGACAAAUGAUUUAAUGCGCUUGAUGCUUAUGCGGAACAUGUUUUCCGAGUCGCCCAGCGGUGGCGGCUCUUCCGGAAGUGCAACCGGCCAAGGAGUGGGUUCAUCAGCACCGGGUGGUAGUGUGAUUGACCCUCGCUUCGGUGGGUUGGGACAGAUUGCAGGUACAAGCAGAGGCGGAAGUAACCCAUGGUUACAGAUGAGCGCAAUGACCGGAAAUCUUGGAGAUUCAAUGUACGACAUGACCAUGUGUCAAAUGAUGUUUCCACCAUCAAUGCAACAAUUCUGCUUGAUGCAAGCGUUCAUGGUCUAAGAAGUUCAUAACAUGAGGUGAUCUGUUGAAAGAGUGACUCAGACGUGUGACGUACGCGCGUGAUAAAACUGCUUUCUUGCAAAUAUAUUCAUUGUAUGAUAACACUAACAACUGACUCAAAAGACGAGAAUGUGUGUUUAAAACCAUUUUACUUUUUGUGUUGUUUUAUGUUUGUUUAAUGUAUCUGAAAUUGUUAUCAAUGUUUCUUGAUCGACACACAGUUUGUAUAUGAAAAAUAAGAAUUCGUUCGCUACUUGUGUCAAUGGAAUUGCAUGAUUUCGAACAAAAUCACGAAAUGGACUAUUGUCCAAGAUCUUUACGUAGCAUAAAGUUAUCUGUAUUUGUUAGCAUCAUAUUAAUAACUCUUAUCUUUUAUAUACAUCAAUGAUGGAAAUAUCAAUCGCAAAUUCAGUUAGAUAUUUAUGUAUUAUCAUGUUUGUACAUAAAUCAGUAGACAUUAUAUUUAUAUCAAGUAUAUUCUAAUAUCUUAGUAUUAUUUUGGAUAUAAUAAACGGGUCAAAGGUUGCGUUUGUUUGAAUUAAAAAAAAUCAGCGAUUCUACUUGUGCUAGCCUCGCUUAUAAUGAGUAAUUUUCAUAUCAAACAGCGGGGAUGUUUUAGAGUAAUCUUUUAACGGUCAGCAUGAAGUAAUGUUCAUUAGACGAGGCUUAUCGGAUUAAAUAGUUUUAACUAGUUUGAAUUGCAUUUUGCAAAUACACAACGAUGAUGAAGAGAUAAUUACAAAUAUAAGAAGGACAAAUACGAGGAAGUCUUAUAAAAAUUACUAUGAAGUGUUAAUGCUGUUGAUGAUAGUGAUGGCGGUGGAAUAUACCAUGCCCGCUUAAAAUCGACGAAUGACGUCAUUGACGGUUUAUACAUAGCAAAGUUGUUUUGUAGGUCGCUUUAUAUGCAAGUAUUGAUUAAAACUGAAUUGUAUUAUAAUACUGUAUAAUUGAAGAAAGAAAGAAAAUCACUUGUUAUUUCUUAAAUAAAACAUAUUCAACAUG